AUGUUAAGGAAGUGUAUAGUUCAACCAAUUUUUCAAGUACGUAGACUUUUAAAUGCUCAAAUUAGCAAAAAUGUCCAGGAAUCUGUGCCCCAUAAGCCCGUUAUGGUGCAAGAAGUGCUGGAGAAUCUUCAGCCGGGUGAGAAUCAGAUAAUUCUAGACAUGACUUUUGGGGCUGGAGGGCAUUCUCGGCAUAUUCUCCAGAGUGCGGAAAAUGUCAAGGUUCUGGCUCUGGACAGAGAUCCCGUAGCUUAUGAAUAUGCCAAAGAAUUGCAAAAGGAAUUCCCUGAACGGGUGAUUCCUCUCCUGGGGCGAUUUUCUGAGCUUCCAGCAAUACUGGAAGCUCAGGGAGUUGAUCAGGGCACAGUAGAUGGGAUUCUCUUUGAUUUUGGGUGUUCUUCAAUGCAAUUUGACGUUGCCGAGAGAGGAUUUUCCGUUGAUAAAAAUGCUCCUCUGGACAUGAGGAUGGAUGGUGGAAGAUUGGAAGGGAUUCCAACGGCAGCUGAUGUCCUUGCCAGAGCUAGUGAGAUGGAUCUGUACAAAAUCUUCAAGAUUUACGGUGAGGAGAAGUAUUCGAGAAAAAUCGCUCGAGCUAUUGUCCAGGCCAGGUAUUCCAUUAAGAAGAUCGAAACGACGAAGGAAUUAGUGGACUUGGUUUCGGCUUGCUGUGAAGAAGAAUUUCGUCUGGAUAUGCUCCAGAGACCGACAAAUGUGGCCACGAAAAUUUUCCAGGCUCUCAGAAUCUUUGUCAAUAACGAACUCAAUGAAAUCAACUACGGCAUGAUCCUGGCUCAGAGAUACCUCAAAGUCGGAGGACGCUUGGUCACAAUCACUUUCCAUUCGCUGGAAGACAAGAUAGUCAAGCGACACAUAAUGGGAAAUGUCACGGAGAACCUGGCCAAUCCUCUGCCUCUGAAGUACGUCAGUCAUACUCUGAUCUACGACAAGGACACCGUAGAAACCCUCACAGAUACCGGAUGGCUGCCCCUGCACAAGCACGUCUUGACUCCUCAGUCCGAAGAGGUCGAGCAGAACCCAAGAUCUCGCUCAGCCAAACUCCGAGCCGCCCUCAAAAUCACCUAAUCCUGUAUUUAUCGAAAAAUAAUAAAAGAGUCUUUUAGCCA